AUGAAGGCAGAUUAUGACAUUAUCCUUGACCUGGCAACCAAUAGUUCACCUACAAUAACAGAACAGUUAAUCACUGUUAUUGAAAAUCAACUUAAAGGAACAUACAAACAUUGUGUGACUGUUCUGUCAACUGACAAGAUAGACAGUGUCUUCCCAGGCAGCAGAAGCAUAGUUUCAAAUGAACCUAUCGACCUUCUGUACAAAGCAAAGUUUCUUCUGGACAGUGCGAAUGUCACUGAUUUUCUGAUUGUAACGACUUUGAUCAUGAAGAAAUACUGGGAAAAUCUAUGCCUGCACAUGUUUUCUGCUGUCCACAACUGGUCAGUGUUGGGGGUGGAUGUAACAGGUGAGGUUGUCAGCUUUGAUCUCUCCAGGGAACUGCUGGUGGAGACACAUUUUAAAGAAUACCUGAAGAAGCUGGGAAACAUUGAGGAGGUCAAGAUUCUAAGAAGUCAUGUUAUCCCAGAGAAAAUGUUUAAUGCAGGGUUCCAUGAGCGACAUGGAGGAGUGACACAGUUACCCCCCUUGGCAUCUAUGAACAUGCUGUACACAAUCCGAAAACCUGACCCCAUUCUGGUCAUCAAGGAAAACAGAAGAAGACUGGCAGUGAAAGCUGGGUUUGACCCAGACUCCAUGCACUUCGCUAAAGUUGAACACGGAGCAAACAUCUGGGUGAUUGGGAAAGAGCCGCCUGCAAGGUUUGAUGGUCUAGCAACAAAUAUACCCGGUGUCACACUAGCCGCCCCUGGUGCUGAUUGCUCUAUGAUUCUAUUGGCUGAUGUUAAAACAGGUGCAUGUGGGGCAGUUCAUUCUGGCUGGCGGGGUACAACUUUAGGUGCUGUGAGAUCCCUGCUGAAGACAAUGGUGGAUGAAUUUGGAACAGACCCCAAAGAUGUCCGUGCUGCAAUUGGUCCUACAAUUGAAGCUUCAUGUUUUACUCUUUUAGCAGCAGAUGCUAAUCCAAUCACAGAUCUAGAUCCUUCCUUGGUGUAUCCAAUGAAGAACAAGAGUAAUGUAGUUCAUGUAGAUCUGGUUGGUGCCAAUGUUAUUAUGCUUGAGAAAGAUGGUGUUCCACAUAACAAUAUAGACACCAGUCAUGCUGUAUGCACAGUUUGUAACAAACAGUUUUAUUCUUAUCAGCGAGACUCGGUUCCAUUUGGAAACCAGAUUGGUUUUAUUUCCUGCAGAAAACAACCAUCAGAAAAUAUUUAA